AUGUCAGCCCAAACGUACAAAAAGAAAUAUGAGAUAUCUCCAUCUGGAGAUCUACCAGACAAGAUGACGAUCUAUCAAGAUUGUAUGAACACAUUUAAUGAAUCUCCUGUGAAUGCAAAGAGAUGUCGUUUAUUAAUUUCCCGUCUAUUAAGGUUGUUAGCAAAUGGUGAUACUUUCCCUCAAAAUGAGGCAACUGCCUUAUUUUUCUCGAUCUCCAAGCUUUUCCAACACCAGAGUGACUCUCUUAGACAAUCAGUAUAUUUGGCUAUUAAGGAAUUGAGUGGAAUCUCCGAAGAUGUUCUUAUGGCCACUUCAUCCAUUAUGAAGGAUGUUCAAAACGGUUCUGAUUUGAUUAAACCAAACGCCCUAAGGUCUUUGACAUAUGUUCUGGAUGAAUCAACAGCUUUUUCUGCCGAGAGGUUAUUGAAAAGUGCCGUCGUUAGUAAGAAUCCAUCUAUAUCUUCUGCCGCGUUAUGUACCUCUUACAAUUUAUUACCCAUAUCUGAUGUUACAAUUAAGAGAUUUGCAAAUGAAACUCAAGAGGCUAUUGUUGAUUUGAAACAAUUUGUUCUGUUAGACGAAGCAAGCGAAUUUUAUCCAACCUCAACCUUUACUACACAAUACCAUGCCCUUGGUCUAAUUUAUCAAUUGAAAAGAAAUGAUAAGAUGGCACUUUUAAAACUGGUUAACCAAUUUUCAAGCGGUAAUGCAUUGAAAAAUCAAUUCGCAAUGGUUCAAUUAGUGAAAAUCGUGGAUGACUUAAUUCAUAGGGAUACUCAAUUGAUUUCCAACUUUGAAACUCUUUUGACCUCCUGGUUAGACAGCAAAUAUGAGUCUGUUCAAUUAGAAACUGCCAAGUUAAUUACCUCUUUUGCUACUCAUCAUUCUCAUUUGGUUGGAAAUAGAUUGUUCUCCAAUGCUGUUUCGACAUUGCAAACAAUGCUGUCCACACCUCGUGUCACUUCAAGAUUUGCAGCAUUAAGGGUAUUAAAUAGAAUUUCAAUGGUUUCUCCAGAAAAAAUUGUUGUCUGUAACCCUGAAUUAGAAUCUUUGAUCAAUGACUCAAACAGAAAUGUUUCUACCUAUGCCAUUACUACAUUAUUGAAAACUGGUACUGCCAAGAAUAUUUCCUCUUUGAUCUCAACUAUCACAAAAUUCUUCCAUGAAGUAUCAGAUGAUUUCAAGAUUAUUAUUAUCGAUGCUGUUCGUACUCUCUCACUAAAUUUCCCACAAGAAUGGAAACCUAUUUUAGACUUCUUAACUGACGUACUAAAGAAUAGUGAAGGUGGUUUCAACUAUAAGAAUAGUAUCGUAGAAGCAAUUAUCGAAAUUGUUUCAUUUAUUCCACAGGCUAAGGAAUUAGCAAUGGAGCAAUUAUGUGAUUUCAUUGAAGAUUGUGAGUUCAAUGAAAUUUUAGUAAGAGUUCUUCAUUUACUAGGUAAAGAAGGCCCACAUACAUCUACUCCAUCGCUUUACGUCAGACACAUAUACAAUAGAGUCGUUUUGGAAAAUUCGAUAAUUAGAUCCGCUGCUGUCGUUGCCCUAUCGAAAUUUGCCUUGAUAAAGAACAAUACUCCACUAGCUGAAUCCGUUGUGGGUCUAUUGAAAAGAAUAUCUGAUGAUGAAGAUGAUGAAGUGAGAGACAGAGCUACAAUUUCAUUAAAAUUUAUUGAUUCUGCUAAAAAGAACCCAGUUGGAGAGGAAUUGCUCCAUUCUAAGUACACCUACGAUUUAUCCUCCUUAGAAAAGAAGUUGACUUCAUACAUGUCCUCCAAUUCAGAUGCAUUUAAAACCCCAUUUGAUGUAACUUCUAUUCCAAAAUAUACUGAAGAUGAAGUUAAGGCCAUGGAAUUAAAGAAGAAGCAACAGUCUUUCAAUUCUUCAACGGAAGAAUUGGGCACCAAAUUCACAGAUGAGGCAGAAGAAACUGGUAAAAGACUUGAUUCGGCAACAUACCAUGGUGCUAACUUGGAUGAACAUUCUAAAGAUCUUCAAUCCACUAAAUAUAUUGACGAACUGCUUUCUAUCGAACAAUUUAAGGAAUUUGGUUCUUUAAUAAACAGUUCUAAGACUUUCCCUCUAACAGAAACGGAGGCUGAAUUUGUUGUUAAUGGUGUCAAGCAUUUAUUCAAGGAGCAUGUUGUCCUUCAAUUCAAUAUUACAAACACGUUAACCGAUGUUGCACUCGAUAAUGUAGCUGUCGUCUGUUCCUCAGAAGAUCAAGAAUCUAGUGAACUAAAGGAACUAUUCACAAUACCUGUUGAUAGAUUAUUGCCAUCUGAGGAGUCAGCAUGUUAUGUUGCGUUCAAGAAACCUGAAGGUGUCGUUAUGGAAAGCUUCCUAAAUAAUUUAACAUUCACUACUAGGGAGCUAAAUCCUGAUACAAAAUUACCAUUUGACGAUGAUGAAGGUUUCCAAGAUGAAUAUGAAAUUGACCCAUUAGUACUAAAUGCUGGUGAUUAUAUUAAGAGUUCUUUCGUUGGUGAUUUCUCUGCAUCAUUUGACGAAUUACCUAACGAAAAUGUAGCUGUCUACAAUGUCCAAGAAUCUAUGUCAUUACAAGAAGUUAUUGAUAAAUUAAUAGUGAACACAAGUUGUCUGGCUUUGGAAAACACUCAAUAUGCACAAAACGAGACAAACCAACACACUUUGAAACUUUUUGGUAAGAGUGCACUCAAUGGUACCAAGAUCGCAUUGAUUGUUAAGAUUGUGAAAAGUAAAAAGGGUAUUGCUUUGAAGGCUCAAGGUAGAGGUGAAGACGCUACUUUGAGUUCUGAUUUGGUGAAUGGUUUAAUGUAG